GUCCAAAUUAAUGAGGAAUCUGAAACCUUAAGCAAGUGAGACUGAACGACAGGGAUGCACAUUACCCGCAGUGACUGAGUGGAGAAUGGAGUUCUUCAACGCAUAUUUCGGGCCUGUGGAUGGUGUCCUGUCCCUCUGGCCCCUCUGGCUGCGGGUCUGUUGAUCCUAUUGUCUUCUGCAUCAACACUCGUGGUCUGGUGCAUAAAGGGCAUCUGGUUAGCAGCUUAGACUCUACAGCAGGCAUGAAAAGCAGCCAUCAUAGCCCAUUCGCUCACAUCUGCUCAGUGGUGCGACAAGGACGAGGACUGAGUCUGGGCGACUGGGGGACAGGAGUUCAAUUCACCCCACAGGCCCCAGGAGCAACGGACUGAACUGGACUGCACUGGACUCGCCACUGUGCAAAGCUAAUACACAACCAUGGGAGACUGGAGCUUCUUGGGUAAUAUUUUGGAGGAAGUAAAUGAACACUCCACUGUGAUUGGCCGUGUUUGGCUCACAGUUCUGUUCAUUUUCCGCAUUUUAAUUCUGGGCACGGCAGCAGAGUUUGUCUGGGGAGAUGAGCAGUCUGAUUACGUAUGUAACACUCAGCAGCCAGGUUGCGAGAAUGUGUGUUACGACGAGGCCUUUCCAAUCUCACAUAUCCGUCUAUGGGUGUUACAAAUCAUUUUUGUAUCCACACCUUCACUUGUAUACGUCGGCCAUGCUGUCCAUUACAUCCACAUGGAGGAAAAGCGAAAGGAGCGUGAAGAAGCCGAGGUUAGUCACCAACAGGAAAUGGGCGAGGAGCGUCUUUCACAUCCAGAUCAGGGAAGUGUUCGCACCACCAAGGAAGCCGGCUCAAAAGGUAGCAAAAAGUUCAGACUCGAAGGCACUCUGCUUUUCACCUACAUAUGCCAUAUCAUCUUCAAAGCUCUUUUUGAAGUAGGCUUCGUAGUUGGACAGUACUUCCUCUAUGGCUUCCGCAUCCUGCCACUGUACAAGUGCAGUCGUUGGCCGUGCCCCAACACGGUGGACUGCUACGUCUCCCGACCCACCGAAAAGACCAUCUUUAUCAUUUUUAUGCUUGCAGUUGCUUGUGUUUCACUGUUCCUUAAUUUUGUGGAGAUCAGCCACCUCGCCUUGAAGAAGAUCCGAUUUGUAUUCCACCGACCAGCUCCAGCGCAGUUGGAGCCUCUUGGACCACCUGAGAGGAGCUUACCAUUUCUUCUGACCACCCCUGUCCAAAAAGCCAAGGGUUACAGGCGCCUUGAAGAGGAGAAGAAAGACGAGGUGGCGCACAUAUAUCCACUAGCUGAGGUCGGUAUGGAAGAGGGCCAGUUCUUCUCACCUCAGCUGGAGAAGGAGCAGAAAAGGAGUCAGGAGGCGGUUAUGCCAACAGCGCCACCUGUAGAGACAAUCAUAUGCGAUGAGACUCAAUCCUCCUUCAUUCAGGUCACAGAGACACUACCAGAGCUUCCACCAGAAGAACCACUUCAGGAAGGAGAUGAGGUAGACAGUAUAAAGACUCCGACAGCUUUACCAGAAGUACUGGAGGAGCGUUCAGAAGGGGAAAGUGUGGAGGAAACAUAUUUAAUAUCACUUGAAGAGAGUUUGGAUAUAGAUCUAGGAGAACUGGCCUGUAGAGAGGUGACUGAGGAAAAGUCAAUGAAGGAGAGUUUAAUAGAUGCUGAGCAAACACAAGAAGAAAAACUUUCAGGAGCUGAAGAAGAGAAGGAAACCUUACAGGAAAUUGGGGAAAAAGAGCAUAACACCUUUAAGGUCCAGGAGUUGAGGGAAGAAGGGAGUUUACCUGAUGUGGUUGAGGAAGCGACAGCAGUUGAGGUGUCUGAUGAAGAGAGGGGACUUUGUGAAAUUGAGCCUUUUGUAAAUGAGGACAUUUUGGAAAAGGUGAAAACUUUAGAUGAUGGUAAGAUUACUGGAGAUCUGGACGUGUCUAAAAUAUCUGAGGGGGAGCAAGACUCUGAGGCUUUAGGGGAUGUAGCAGGGUCAAAUUUAUCUGACAUAGAGCCCAUUGGGGAUGAAGUGGAUAUGGGAAAGAGCAAAGCUAAGGGGGGUGUAGAAGAUAUGGAAGGGGAUGGAGUUCAACGGGAUGUAGUAGACUCAGAAGUGGGCAAAGCUUCAGAGGAAGUAGUAGAUAGAGGAAAGGGUGAAUCUAUAGAGGGUCUAGUGGAUGCAGGAAGAAGUUGUGCUUUAGAAGAUGUAUUACAAACAGGUAAGAAUGAAGCUUUAGAAAAUCUAAAUGAAGUUACACCUUUUGAUACUGCAGUCAGUAAAGGUGAGGAGGUUCUAGAUAAAGAUGUAGGACUUGCUGUUGACACUGAACAGGUGGAAACUUUGGGAAAGGAGGAGGUAUCCUUGAAAAUAGAGGAUCCAGAGGAGGUCCAAGUCUCUAGGGAGUGUGAUGGGUCAGGGAAAAAAGAGGAUUCUGUAGAAACUGGAGGCCCAGAGGAGGAGGAGUGUUCUGAAGAAAUGAAGGCCAUGGAGGCCACAGGGGAGAUGAUGGAUGUUUCACUUGUAGCUCUGGAACUAGAGAAAACAGAGGAAACAAGAUCAUUAAGUCGUCUCAGCAAAGGUAGCAGCAGAGCCAGGUCAGAUGAUCUUACAAUAUGACUGAACAACAAGCAGAAACUUGACAUAGAAAAAUCCGCAAAUUUUAUUCAGGUGAAUCAUUGGACAAGCAUGUGUUCUUGAUCAGGGGUUUUCAAAAUGUCAUGAAAUGCCCAAAGUAUGAUCAUCCCCUUGCAGGAAACCCCCUUACUGAAUGUUUAUACUUCAUGUAUAAAGGCCCAUUAAUACUGUAUGAGAAAAAAUAUUAUGAAUUUCUUUGUAACCACUUAGGAGUUCUAGACACAAGUUUGAAAACCCCUAUUCUAGAUGAUUUUUUUAUUUUAUUCUUCUUUUUUUUUUUUACACACAAGUUUAUCUAAAAAGAAAGCAAAGGUACAAGAGCAAUAAAUGAUUUGUAUAGAUAAUGAAAAUAAAAAAUUACAAACAAUCUUCUAUAAAAAGUAGUAGCUUAUUUCUCACAGUGAACAUUACUAAGGACAUACUUUCAAACAUCAUUUUAAUAUCCUUUUUAGUCUUGCUUUUCAAAAAGACCCUUUCUUUAUUUAUUCAAUUUAUUAUACUGUAAAUCCCAUGCAAGAUAAUCACCUCAUUCUGAAUUUCUAUCUGUCUAUUGCUUUGACUAUUUAUGUUAAUCUAUACAUUUGCCUAUUAUUGUUUUAUGAUUAUCCUGGGCCAUAAUAAUUGUGUUAUUGUUUAUAAAUCUACAAUCAAUUUGUUUACAACAUUUACAUUCCUUUUCAGUAACAUCUGGACUUCUGAUACAAAGUUAAUUAAAAAGACAGAAUAAUGUAAAUGAGAAGUGGUAGGGUUUGA